AUGGAUCAGGCAUCCCUCCCUUUCCUCCUCUUCCUCCUCCUCCAGCUCCUCCUCUGCUCGACGCCGACCUCCGGGCAGGCGCAAAAGUCGGCAGCGGCCUUUACCCUCGCCGACAACUUCCUGAUCGACUGCGGCGCGACCUCCACGGCCGCCAUGCCCGACGGCCGUGAAUUCAAGACGGACUUGCAGUCGACUCCUUUCCUCGCUGCGCACGACGAGGUUCGCGCGUCCGUCCCCGCCGCCCCCGGCGUCCCCUCGCCGCUCUACCUCACAGCCAGGAUCUUCCACGAGGAGACCUCCUACAGCUUCACGCUCUCCCGCCCUGGUUGGCACUGGAUCAGGCUCCACUUCUUCGCCGUGAACAGCUCCGACUUCGACCUCAGCAGCGCCGUGUUCACCGUCAACACCGACGACUUCGUCCUCCUCCAUAGCUUCACCGUCGACGACCCCACCAAGUGGGUGCUCAAGGAGUACCUCGUCAACGCCACCAAUCCGCGCCUCGCCAUCCGUUUCUCCCCGCUCCGCAACUCCGUCGCGUUCGUCAACGGCAUCGAGGUCGUCUCCGCCCCCGACGUGCUCAUCCCCGACACAGCCUCUACGGUCUCGCCCGUCGGGCAGAUCGGCGGGCUCUCGCUCUCCGCUUACCAGGUGGUCUACCGGAUCAACGUCGGUGGGCCGGUCAUCACCUCCGCGAACGACACGCUCGGGCGCGCGUGGGAUCAGAGCGACACAUUCCUGCAAUCGAAGUCCACCGCCAAGAAGGUGUCCGUGUCCCCCAGCAUAAUCAAGUACCCGGAGGGAACCUCGCCCCUGAUCGCGCCCAACACCGUGCAUGCCACGGCCGUGAAAAUGGCGGACGCGCGCGUCGGCCGCCCCAACUUCAACGUGACGUGGAUCUUCGUCGUCGACCCCUCAUUCGGGUACUUCGUCCGACUGCACUUCUGCGACAUCAUCAGCAAGUCGCUCAACGACCUCUACUUCAACGUGUACAUCAAUGGGAUGACGGCCGUCUCAGGCCUCGACCUCUCCACCAUCACCUCCGGCCUCGCGAUGGCCUACUACAAAGACAUUGUCCUGAACGCCUCGGUGGCCACGGGCAGAAUAACCAUACAGAUCGGCCCCAUGAAGGAGAACACUGGCAGGAUCGACGCGCUGCUCAACGGCGUGGAGAUUCUGAAAAUGAACAACUCGGUGGGGAGCUUGGACGGCGAGUUCGGAGUCGAUGGCUCCAUGGCUGGAGGCGGCGGCAGCUCGAAUCGGCGUGCGAUCGCUGCCGUCGGAUUCGCUAUGAUGUUUGGUGCCUUCGCCGGACUGGGGGCGAUGGUGGUGAAGUGGUACAAGCGACCCAAGGACUGGCGGAGGAGGAAUAGCUUCUCCUCGUGGCUCCUUCCGGUACACACGAGCACCUCCACGUUCACGACCAGCAAGGGGUCGGGUUACGGGUCGCACAAGAGCGGCUACACCUUCUCCUCCACGCUGGGUCUCGGCCGGUACAUGUCCCUGUCGGAGCUGCAGGCGGCGACGAAGAACUUCGACCAGAAUGCGGUGAUCGGGGUGGGCGGCUUCGGGAACGUGUACCUUGGCGAGCUCGAUGAUGGGACGAAGGUGGCGGUCAAGAGAGGGAACCCGCAGUCGGAGCAGGGGAUCAACGAGUUCCAGACGGAGAUCCAGAUGCUGUCUAAGCUGCGCCACCGCCACCUGGUGUCGCUGAUCGGCUACUGCGACGAGAACUCGGAGAUGAUCCUGGUGUACGAGUACAUGGCCAACGGGCCGUUCAGAGACCACAUCUACGGGCACAACCUGCCGUCGCUGACGUGGAAGCAGCGGCUGGAAAUAUGCAUCGGGGCGGCGCGCGGUCUGCACUACCUGCACACCGGCACGGCCCAGGGCAUCAUCCACCGUGACGUCAAGACCACCAACAUCCUCCUGGACGACAACUUCAUCGCCAAGGUUUCCGACUUCGGCCUCUCCAAGGACGCGCCGGGAAUGAACCAGACGCACGUCAGUACCGCGGUGAAGGGCAGCUUCGGCUACCUCGACCCCGAGUAUUUCCGGUGCCAGCAGCUGACGGACAAGUCGGACGUGUACUCCUUCGGGGUGGUGCUGCUGGAGGCCCUCUGCGCACGGCCGGCCAUCAACCCCGCCCUUCCGAGGGAGCAAGUGAACCUGGCCGAGUGGGCGCUGCAGUGGAAGCGGAAGGGCCUGAUCGAGAAGAUCAUCGACCCCAACCUCGCCGGCACCAUCAACAAGGACUCCCUGGGCAAGUUCGUGGAGGCUGCGGAGAAGUGUCUGGCGGAGCACGGGGUCGACCGGCCAUCCAUGGGCGACGUGCUGUGGAACCUCGAGUACGCUCUGCAGCUGCAGGAGACCAACCCCCCUGACCCACCUCCUCAGGAGGCGGCAAAGCCAACCGAGUCAAAGGAGGAGGAGAAGGCCGUCAGCAUCCAGGUCUACGCGGAGUCUUCGCAGAGAGAACGCGACGAGCCGCCCGCGGGGACGACUCCCGUCAUGAGCCGAUCCGUGGAGAAUUCGAGCACGACGAUGGCGAACGAGCUGUUCGCGCAGCUAACGGGAAUGCAAGGAAGGUGA